ACUAAAUGAUUUGACAAUUUGAAAAAGAAGAAGCGAGAGUAUUUGUUGUUAACCCACUGUUAACCUAAAAUAUUUAUUUAUUUUUGUUUAGUACACGUUCACGUUAAUAUACUUGUAAUUUACUCAUUAUAAAAAUAUGGAUACUGAACUUAAUAACGAAAGUGAUGCUGAACUAAGUGAGCUUGAAGAUAACAAUGAAGAAAUUCCAAACCAGAUAGAGGAAUCAGCUGAUUCCUCGGAUUCUGAGAAAUCUGCCGAUGAUAUUGAUUUUGUUAUCGAUAAGGAGGGAGUGCCAGACUCGACCCAGGAAAAAUCAGAAAAAGAGAAGCUACUUGAUGAAAUAUUCAAAGAUUGUCCAAUUUCAUUCAAAGAAAAAAAACCGAAGGUCAAAAAGAUUAAAAAGAAUUCUUUUAUCAGACAAACACUUGCAGACUUAGGGUUUAAUGAUGAUGGAACACUAAGGAGUAAACCUCACCAUAAACAGAAAAAGCUGCUUACUAAGAAUCAACGAGAUGAAGUUAAAAAAGCCUUAAAGAAGUCAGUUAUAACACCAGAAUUCGAAAAAUUGCAUGUAGUACCGCCUUUGGAUGUAUCGGAGAAAAAAUUAAAGGAACAAAGAAAGAAAGAAAGGUCUCUAACCAAAGGAUCUAAAUGGUAUGGACUGCCUGCAACAGAAUUAACUGACGAAGUCAAGAGAGAUUUGGAAGUUUUACAAAUGAGGUCAGUUUUAGACCCCAAACAUUUCUACAAGAAAAACGAUUUGAAAGUAUUACCAAAGUACUUCCAGGUUGGUAAAGUUAUGGACUCUCCACUUGAUUACUAUAAUAAUCGUCUAACAAAGAAGGAGAGGAAGAAGACACUAGUUGAUGAACUCCUGGCAGAUGCUGAAUUUAACAAAUACAAUAAGAGGAAAUACAAAGAAAUCAUCACAGAAAAACAACAAACUCAUUAUAAGGCUUGGAGGCAAGCAAAGAGGUUAAAAAAGAAAAAAUAGUAUGCUUUUUUGUUUUUUUUUAUUAAAAAUUAUAUAAAUA